UCUCUGAGCCCUCGCAUGCGAGAGAUUCUGGGCUCCGCAGCUGCGCGGCGCGGUCCUGGGACGCUUCCCGUGCCUGGCUAAAUUUAGUUCCAGCUCGCGGGGUAUAUGAAGCACGCCGCGGAGACAACUCGGCCCUAACGCCAGCCCACGCCUACAACGAGCAGCAGCAGCGGCAGCAGCAGGAAGAGGAAUAGGAGCAAGAGGAGCAGCAGCAGCAGGAGGAGGAAGCUGCCCCGUACCGCUCGCUCGGCAAGUGCGCGCGUGUGCGCGCGGCGGAGUAAUCGGAGUUACCUGGGGCUCGCGGACAGGAGAGACGAUGGACGGCGGCGACAACGAGGACGGCAGCGGCGGCGGCUACCUGGACUGGGGCUCCGUGCUGAGCCCGCGCGGCCUCCUCCGCCUGCUGCAGGCGGCCCUCACGUGCGCGGCGCUCAGCCUCGCCGUGCACCGCGGCGGCUGGGCAUUCUCCUACGGCCUCCUCUGCCUCCUCGUCUGGGCCGUGUGCCUGGCGCUGAGCGCAGCCGUGCUCGUGCUCGAGCUGUCGCGCGUCUCCGCCUGCAUCCCCGCCUCGUGGCACAACCUGCGCGUCUCCCUGGCCGCGCUCGCCGCGCUCCUCUGCGCCACGGCCUCCGCGCUCUACCCGCUCUUCUCGCUGCGCGACUACCAGUGCUUCUUCCGCGGCUGCGAGGCCGUGCGCGCCUUCAGGGUGGCCGUCACCUGCUGCUCGGCGGGCGCCUGCCUCGCCUACGGUAUCGACGCGGGCCUCGCCGUGGCGCGGCCGGGCAAGGCGGCGGAGGGCCGCGCGGCCAUGGCGAGCGUCUCGGGUCUCCUGCGCGUCGCCGAAAUCUUCUGCGGCGCCGUCAUCCUGGGCUGCGUCUUCAGCGGAGGGCAGUACGGCCGCUACCUGGCCACGCACUGGUGCCUGGCGGUCUACUGCCUGUGCCUCGCGCUCACGCUGCUCGUCACCGUGCUGAGCAUUCGCGGCGGCGCCGCCGCAGACGCGGCCACCGCCAGCGGCACCACCACCAGCGCCACCACCGCCACCGCGGCGGCUGCUUGCUGCGUGCCGCUGGAGCGCGGCGUGGCGCUCGCCACUCUGCUGGCCGUGCUACUCUACGUGAGCGCGGCCGUCAUCUGGCCCGUGUACGCCUUCGACCCCCAGUACGGGAGCGCCGCGCGGCCCUCGCGCUGCGCGCACGAGCGCUGCGCGUGGGACGUCCACGUCCUCGUGAGCGCAUUCACGGCCCUCAACCUCGUCGCCUACGUGGCCGACCUGGCGUGCAGCCAGCGCGCCCUGCGCCGCUCGAGCGCCGGGCACGAGCAGCGCCUGCAGCAGCAGCAUCAGCAGCAGCAGCAGAAGCAGCAGCAGAAGCAUCAGCAGAAGUUGCAGCAGCAGAAGUUGCAGCAGCCGCAGUUGAAGCAGCCCUACAAGUCAGUGCCUCCGCCAUAUCCUGGCGGGGCCAGCAACCGUUGUUGAGAGAGGAGAUGGAGCGGGGCGCAGGUCUGGAACGCGAGAGAUGAGUGAUGCGUGGACGAGUUUACAUGAUGCGAGCGCGCGUGUGUUUGUGUGUGCGCGUGUGCUCUCUGCGUGUACGCGUGAGCACAUGUUUGGGUGAGUGUGUACACACGGGAGCGGCGGCGCAGUGGUUAGUGCAAUGCGCUGUGAGAACGGUGCGGGUCUGGGACGAGGCGUGGACGAGUUUACAUGCGUGUGUGUACGUUCAUCUGGCUGUAUGGGCAUGUAUGUGUGUGUGUACCGUAUAUUCAAUGUGUAUACAUGUGUCUGUGUGUGUGUGUGUGCAUGAGACGCGAGAUUGGACUGCCAACAUCGCGUGACGAAUAUCUGAGCCGGUCCUGGGUCACCCCUAGGUCGACUCAGCCUUAAUUAAGUACUGGUGGCGAUGUGUAAACAUCGACACUGGGGAGACAAAGGCGGCCGGGUAGGCAUGGAGCUGAACACACUACCCCCUCGUGCCCCAUCCCCGCCUUAAUAGGUGCUCGCUAACAGCACUUUCCCCAAUAGUCCGUUAAAGGCUAUACGGGGGAUAUUUGUCCUUGCAUAUGCUAUACGUAUACGUGUAGUGUUCCGUUUGUGUAUGUCAGUGACCCAUACAUCUGUGUGUGUAUAUAUAUGCGACCUGUGUACGGCAAUAUUGAUAGACUGUAUUUAUAUAAAUAUAUACGUACGUAUAUGUUAAACAUGCUUCAGUAGCGAUAGUCAUGUACUUGUAUGUAUGUAUAUGCUGUAUGUGUGUGUGUUUUAAUGUAUGUACGUAAUUAUGUAUCUGUAAAUAUAUUAUUAUGAAUACAAGUGUAUGUAUAUCUGUUUCUUUGUCAAGGUGUGUGUUAGUGUGUCUGUGUAGCUAAGCUUUUCUCAAUGUGUAUGUAUCACUGUGUGUAUGGUUUUUUUUUCUGGUAUGUGCGUAUGUGCGCGUAUAUCCCGGGUACGUUGGAGCGGUGGCGCAGCGGUUAGCGCACUGCGUUGUGAACCCGACCGCCCUGGGUUUCAUUCCCGACCAGGGCUAACAUCACUGACCAGCGUGGUGAAGUAUGGUCAAACAACCCCCCCCCCACUUACGACCAUCACGGCGUGGGGGGGGGGGGGCUUCAUCCAGCAGCGGAUGCCACUCACGGGCCGAAUGUUGUCGUUAUUUGAGUACUGUGCCCGUGUGUGUGCGCGUGAUCACUGCGUAAGAUGAAGUCUCUUCACGAGAUCGAGUCGCCAUCCAAUGGAACACACGUGACCCGUUACACUUCUUUCGCACCAUACGUAGCCAACCGUGCUAAUCACAACAACAACAAAAAAACAGUUCUAAAGAAAUGCCUUUUCUAACGUAGUUUUUCCACACGCGUAUACAGUAGACAUAUACUGCAGUGGGGAGAUGUCGUCGCUGGGCCGCGUCUCCUCGAGCGGAAUGAGAAGGAGCGGGGUUCGCAUGCGGGACGUGACGGCGUCUCUCGGCCGGAAUGAACGACCCCAGCGAACACGAGCCCGUGACGAAAGUUAACAAUCAACAACAGUGCCCUUUGAAAACAAAUCCUGGGCAAAAUUCGACAAUAACGUAUGACGUGUGUUGUUGUCGUUGUUAUCGGGGCACGGGACACAUUAUUUUUGUAGCUACAGAUUUGAACGUAAAUGACAAAGGUUACUUUAGUUGUAAAAUCCGAAAACUAAAAAAAAAAUGUCCAAUAUCGAAACCUCGCAAAAUUUGGGGACACAAACAAAACACCAAAAUGUUUCUCUGCUUCUGCCUCUGGUUGCUUUGGAAGGUCGCCGAAGCCACUAACCACGCACCUUGUGGCGAGCAAGCCGUGUCUGUCGGGCCCGUGUUUUUGAGAGUGUGACGUUCAAGCCGAUAAAAAGCCCGCCGAGGCCGGAUUCCGGUUAUGGAUAUGACACACACGUACACAGUUUUCCUUUGAUAUAUUUAUUUUUUAUUUCACCAGGUAAGGCCCACUGAGCUAUAUAACUCCUUGUCAGAAGCGACAUGGCCACAAAUGAUAGUUC